AUGGCCAGCGGCACUGACUGCAGAGAUGUUAGCUUGAGUAGUGCAUCUCCGCCUAUGGUGUCUCUGCCCAAUAGCCUUGCCACAUCACGUAACGGCAGCCGGACAAAAUUGCUCUUAUAUUGUGAGCUAGAGGAUGACAUGUCGGACGGCGUCUAUGAUUUUGGAAGGUUGCCAGCAGGCGAAGACUCGCGCCCAAGUUUUUGCCUCGUUCAUGAACGAUACCUCUGCCAACGAAGUCACACCCAUCUUCCUUCACUACUAGUCGACUCAGACGAGACACAUAACGAGAUGACCGCUCUCGACAGCGAGCUCGCAAGGUCACCGACAGAGGAACCGGAUUCGUCGGAGGAAACAGACGUUGCGCCCGCCGUGUCCGUUCCCACAGCACGACCAGGUGGUCGUGUGCGCUUUCGUUCUCGCGUACGCAUUGGUUCUGGGCUCAGCCGACAGCGUACAGACUCUUUCAGAUAUAGCGGGGAAUACGUUGGCACCGACAGCCAGCUCUUUGUGGGCGCAGCAUCCCUGUCUAGCUCACCGUCCUCCUCGAUAUCCGCCCCCCUCCGCUCUGAGCCCACGAACGACGACGAGCGUAGACCAGAAUGGGGGCCCCUUGGUCAACGCGUCAGGUUGUUUGCAUGUCGAAGCAAGGCCCGGUCCGCAAUGACACCGGCGCAGGAAAUGGAAAAAAGAGAUAGGCGGAGGCGAAAGCUCGGAUUACCCCCACUCGAUCCUUCAUCUUACCCCGGAGAUUCGAGAUUCGCUUCUCCGAAUGAAAACACGCCGCUGUUGGGUUCUCCAUAUCAGCGCCGGUCUAUGGCAUCCUGGUAUGCAGAACACGAGGGCGUACAGCCGGGGGAUACAUAUGAUUCAGAUGAUGAGAGAGAGGCAGAGUCGGAGGCAUCGAGACUAUCGAGGGAGGUAGAUCGGACAUUUGGCCCUUUGCCAGGGAGGCUGCUCAGUCGCCGUUGGUGGUGGUGGCAAAUCGAGCCUUUCGUGACGUGCAAUUGCACCAUCCAUGAGGACAACGAGUAUUGA